UAAAAAUUAUUUUGACUAAACCAGUCAAUCCAGUUGGAGUAAAAGUGAAACUCCAUUUAGUGACGAUUGGACUGUAAAAGGUUCUCAGGAGAAGAACACAGUCUAUAGGUAUAAUCUGUUGGAGGAGACAUGGCCUCCAAAAUGAGUGUGUCUGGGGAGCAAGACACAGAGAAAGGCGAGAGAUCAGACUCACCUGAACCCAGUUGUGUGUCCAUGAGGAGUGACGGGUCAAUAACCCGUCUAAUACACUUCAAAGACAGAGACAGUACUACUGAUCUGAGGCUGCAAAAGGAUUCAGAUACCACACACAGCAACCUACUGGAGUCUAUAUUUAAGGAGCUGGAGCACAAAGUCAUCAGUCUGUUAAAGAAUGAGCUGAAGAGAUUUAAGAAGCUCCUGAGUCCAGAUUACCCAGCAUGCUCUGAGAGGGAGGUGGAGGAUGAGGAGGAUCAGAGCAGUGUCAGAGAGGGAGUGCUGAAGAUCACACUGCACUUCCUGAAGAACAUGAACCUCACAGAUCUCGCUAACACACUGCAGAACAAACUCGUCUCUGUGCACCAGCGAGAACUCAAAUCCACACUGAGAGAGAAAUGUAAAAGAAUUAAUGAAGGAAUCUCACAGCCUGGAAGUUCAGCACUUCUGAAUGAGAUCUACACAGAUCUCUACAUCACAGAGGGGUGGAGUGGAGACGUCAAUAAUGAACAUGAGGUGAGACAGAUUGAGACAGCGUCCAGGAGACCAGCAGCACAGGAGACACCCAUCAAAUGUAAUGAUCUCUUUAAAGACAAGUCCAUCAGAAGAGUGCUGACUAAAGGAGUUGCUGGAAUUGGAAAAACAGUCUCUGUGCAGAAGUUCAUUCUGGACUGGACUGAAGGAAAAGCAAAUCAGGACGUCUUCUUCAUGUUUCCACUUCCCUUUAGAGAGCUGAAUCUGAUGAAGCAGGAACAUCUCAGUCUGAUGGAUCUUCUUCAUCACUUUUUCCCAGAAAUAAAAGAAUUGCGAUUAAUAGACUGUGAGAUCAACAAAGUCCUGUUCAUCUUUGAUGGUCUGGAUGAGUGUCGACUUCCUCUAAAUUUCCAGAAGAAUGAGAGACUGUGUGAUGUGACAGAGUCAGCCUCAGUGGAUGUGCUGCUGACGAACCUCAUCAAGGGGAAUCUGCUUCCCUCUGCUCUCCUCUGGAUAACCUCUCGACCAGGAGCAGCCAAUCAGAUCCCUCCUGAGUGUGUAGACCAGGUAACAGUGGUACGAGGGUUCAGUGAUCUUCAGAAAGAGGAGUACUUCAGGAAGAGGAUUAGUGAUCAGAGCCUGGCCAAUAAAAUCAUCUCACACAUGAAGUCUUCAAGAAGCCUCUACAUCAUGUGCCACAUCCCAGUCUUCUGCUGGAUCUCAGCCACUGUUCUAGAGAGAAUGUUGGGUGAAGCAGAGCGUGGAGAGAUCCCCAAGACUCUGACUCAAAUGUUCACACACUUCCUGAUCUUUCAGAUCAAACACAAGGACCAAAUGUACCAUCAGAAAUGUUGCCCUGAUCCUCAGCAGACCAGAGCGAGUAUCCUGGCACUGGGAAAACUGGCUUUCCAACAGCUGGAGAAAGGAAACCUGAUCUUCUAUGAGGAAGACCUGAGAGAGUGUGGCAUUGAUGUGAGAGAAGUGUCAGUGUACUCAGGAGUGUGUACACAAAUCUUCAGAGAGGAGUUUGAGCUUCACCUGGGGAAGGUGUUCAGCUUUGUACAUCUGAGUGUUCAGGAGUUUCUGGCUGCUUUAUACGCAUUUCUCUCCUUCAUCAACAAAAAGACUGCAAAACAACAAACCUGGUCUGAUCUUUUCACCAAGUCAGACAUGUCUGAUUUCCUGAGGAGUGCAGUGGACAAGGCCUUACAGAGUGAGAAUGGACACCUGGACCUGUUCCUCCGCUUCGUUCUGGGUCUCUCACUGGAGUCCAAUCAGACUCUCUUAAGAGACCUACUGCCCCAGACUGGAAGCAGCUCUCACAGCAAACAGGAAACAGUCGAGUACAUCAAGAAGAAGAUCAGGGAGAAUCCAUCUCCAGAGAACUCCAUCAAUCUGUUCCACUGUCUGAAUGAACUGAAUGAUCAUUCUCUAGUGCAGGAAGUCCAACAUUACCUGAACAGAAGAGAUUCCUGGUGUGUCGGUGAAGACAGACUCUCUCCUGCUCAGUGGUCAGCUCUGGUGUUUGUGUUGCUGACCUCAGAAGAGGAUCUGGAUGAGUUUGUUUUGAGGAAUUAUCAGAUAUCAGAUGAAUGUGUUUUGGGAAUGAUGCCAGUAUUGAAAGCAGCAAGAAAGGCAGAUCUGUCUCCGUGUAAUCUCAAAGAGGAUGCCUGUAGACCUCUGUCCUCAGUUCUCAGCUCACCCUCCUCCAGUCUGAGAGAACUGGACCUGAAAUGUAAUUAUACCCUGCGGGAUUCAGGAUUGAAGCUGCUCUCUCCUGGACUGGAGAGUCCACACUGUACACUGGAGAUACUGAAUCUGCGUGAGUGUAUGCUCACAGAGGAAAGCUGUAGAGUUCUGUCCUCAGUUCUCAGAUCAAACUCCUCCAGACUGAGAGAACUGGACCUGAGUGAGAAUAAACUGCAGGAUUCAGGAGUGACGCUGCUCUCUGCUGGACUGGAGAAUCCACACUGUACACUGGAGAUACUGAGGCUGUGUCGGUGUGACCUCACAGAGGAAAGCUGUAGAGUUCUGUCCUCAGUUCUCAGAUCAAACUCCUCCAGACUGAGAGAACUGGACCUGAGUUACAAUAACCUGCAGGAUUCAGGAGUGACGCUGCUCUCUGCUGGACUGGAGAAUCCACACUGUACACUGGAGACACUGAGGCUGCGUGGGUGUAAUCUCACAGAGGAAAGCUGUAGAGUUCUGUCCUCAGUUCUCAGAUCAAACUCCUCCAGACUGAGAGAACUGGACCUGAGUUACAAUAACCUGCUCGAUUCAGGAGUGACGCUGCUCUCUGCUGGACUGGAGAAUCCACACUGUACACUGGAGAUACUGAGGCUGUGUCGGUGUAAUCUCACAGAGGAAAGCUGUAGAGUUCUGUCCUCAGUUCUCAGAUCAAACUCCUCCAGACUGAGAGAACUGGACCUGAGUUACAAUAACCUGCAGGAUUCAGGAGUGAAGCUGCUCUCUGCUGGACUAGAGAAUCCACACUGUACACUGGAGACACUGAGGCUGUAUGGGUGUAAUCUCACAGAGGAAAGCUGUAGAGUUCUGUCCUCAGUUCUCAGAUCAAACUCCUCCAGACUGAGAGAACUGGACCUGAGUGAGAAUAAACUGCAGGAUUCAGGAGUGAUGCUGCUCUCUGCUGGACUGGAGAAUCCACACUGUACACUGGAGAUACUGAGGCUGGAACACUGCAGUAUUACAGGUGAAGGUUGUGCUGCUCUGGUUUCUGCUCUGAGGUCAAACCCCUCAUCACACGUGAGAGAACUGAAUCUGAAAUACAAUAAUCCAGGAGAAUCAGGAGUGAAGCUGCUCUCUGAUCUACUGAAGGAUCCACACUGUACACUGGAGACACUACAGCUGUGUGGGUGUAAUCUCACAGAGGAAAGCUGUAGAGUUCUGUCCUCAGUUCUCAGAUCAAACUCCUCCAGACUGAGAGAACUGGACCUGAGUUACAAUAACCUGCAGGAUUCAGGAGUGAAGCUGCUCUCUGCUGGACUGGAGAAUCCACACUGUACACUGGAGACACUGAGGCUGUAUGGGUGUAAUCUCACAGAGGGAAGCUGUAGAGUUCUGUCCUCAGUUCUCAGAUCAAACUCCUCCAGACUGAGAGAACUGGACCUGAGUGAGAAUAAACUGCAGGAUUCAGGAGUGACGCUGCUCUCUGCUGGACUGGAGGAUCCACACUGUACACUGGAGAUACUGAGGCUGUGUGUGUGUGAUCUCACAGAGGAAAGCUGUAGAGUUCUGUCCUCAGUUCUCAGAUCAAACUCCUCCAGACUGAGAGAACUGGACCUGAGUUACAAUAACCUGCAGGAUUCAGGAGUGACGCUGCUCUCUGCUGGACUGGAGGAUCCACACUGUACACUGGAGACACUGAGACUGCGUUGGUGUGAUCUCACAGAGGAAAGCUGUAGAGUUCUGUCCUCAGUUCUCAGAUCAAACUCCUCCAGACUGAGAGAACUGGACCUGAGUGACAAUAAACUGCAGGAUUCAGGAGUGAAGCUGCUCUCUGCUGGACUGGAGGAUCCACACUGUACACUGGAGAUACUGAGGCUGGAACACUGCAGUAUUACAGGUGAAGGUUGUGCGGCUCUGGUUUCAGCUCUGAGGUCAAACACCUCAUCACACCUGAGAGAACUGAAUCUGAAACACAAUAAUCCAGGAGAAUCAGGAGAGAAGCUGCUCUCUGAUCUACUGAAGGAUCCACACUGUAAACUGGAGAAAGUAGAGUUCUGGCCAGUUUAAUUCUGAUCUCCAAUUCUCAACCUCUUCAGUUAAUGUUCACAUCAAACAUCAGAAUGGAGGAAAAGUCUGAUCUCUGUGACUUUAACCGUGGCAUGGUUGUUGGUAGCAGAUGGGUUUGUUUGAGUAUUUCAGAAACUGCUGAUCUCCUGGGAUUUUCACACUGAACACCCGCUCACAGGAUGUGUUUUUUCACCAUUCUGUAUAGAGACUGUUGUGUGUAUUUGGCUGAUUGGAUAAUUGCAUAAAUGAGCAGGUGUACAGGUGUUCCUAUUAAAGUGGACGGUGAGUGUAUGUGACUAUUACUAUUUUAAAAGGAUAAUGAUAAUGGGUAAGAUUUUGCUUCUACAAUGCUUUGUUGUGGUUCAUUAGAUGAUGAAAUGUCAGGACUGUAAAUAUGAAGCAGCUGAGAUAAAUAAACUAAACCUACAUAUUAGAUUGUUUGAGUAAUCCAGUAUAAUGUAGCUUAAACACACACACUGAACAGUAAUGAAACUUCUAUUACAUCUGUUUAUCAGCA